CAAUGUUAGUGUAAACGAAAGUUUGUUUCGAGUGUUGUUUACACGAAAAUAUCAAAGCGUAUUCAGUAUGUGGAAACAAAACCUAGAUUACGGCUGCAGAUAACUUUUUAUAAUAUUCUCAUUAUAUAGAUAGAUUAUUAUAUAGACAAAAUAUAUUAAAAAAAGAAACAUUCAUAUAAUGAGUUAAAAUAUAAAAUUAGAUGUGUAAAUAAAUGUAAGUUUUCAAAAUUACCCGCUAAAACGCCAACUUCUGUCAUGACGUUGCUAUGACAUCAUAACCCUCUAAAACUAUUAUCGUUCUAUUAAGCAUACAUAAGGUUUAAUUCUCUAACAGCCGAUUUCUGAAUUGAGAAAAACACAAAAUCUCAACUGAUUAUUCUCUAUAACUUGAGUUUUUUUACGUUUCAUAUGGCAAAAAGUCUUAGUUUUAUCAAAUCGCUAUCAACUGAUCAUUAAAAAAAUAUAAAUCUGUAAUGAAAACCAUGACUUUUAAAAUGGUUUUUUGCACGUUUGAGACGUGCUCAGCUUCAAAUUGUCAAUUCAGAAACCGAGUGUUAGUUUUGAUAUUAUAAGAGGGGCAUGACGUCACACGUCAGCGGUCAUGAGACAACGAGUAUAAAAUAUUUUAAUUUUUUAAUAUGUUAGUUAAAAGGCACGGAACUGACUAACCUUCCAGCAAAAAUCGACUUUUGCUAGAGUCGCUUUCUAGUGAGGUGAUUUUAGUGCUUUCUUUUUUUUUAAUACUUUCUCAUUAAUUUAAGUAAUAUAAUAAAGUAUAAAAGUGUUAUUAUCGGCAACAGUAUAUAAAACAUUACCAGAAAAAAUAAAUAAUAAGUAUUUAUUUUCGUUUGCUGUCUACUCCCGUAUUCUGUAAAAUAUUUAGAUCAAACAAAUGCUCAUAGCUCACGUGUAAAUUCUGUAACUGGUAGUGCCUCGUGCAUGUUCAACUUUUAACAGUUAAAAUAAUAAUACUCAAAAUUAGGAAGAGAAGUUAGUGGGCGACACAUUUAAUGCAACUUAGAUACCAGUUAAUGUUGGUGAUACAAAGACUAAUAUACAAGAAUAAGAUGAAAAGAAAUUUAUGUUAUUUUUUAUUGAUAUCAAAACAAAUCACUUGAGUUCCGAGGAGAGAGCUCUUCUAUAAGUGUUUCAAAGAAUCUUUAUGAAUACAGAUGGAUAACGAAAGUAUGCUCUAAGAUUGUUUACAAUAAAAAUAUGGAGUUAGGAUACCAUGACCAUUCGCUUGUCUGAUGUAAAUCGGCCUUUAGACCAAAGAGUGGUAUUAAUUUAAAUGGGUGCACAUGUGCACAUUGUAUUACAACCAUAUAUAAGAAAAAACACUCGAAAAGCAACAGAAACAACGAUGUUGUUAUAACAUGACGUAUAAAUGUGUAUUCGCCUUUAUGAUUUUUGCUUGAGACAUUUAAAAAAGUAGAUAAUGCACACGCUACACAUCAGGUUACCACAAUCUGUCAAAUUUUUCCAGUUGAUUUUAAAUUCUACACUUUUAACAUUAAAGUUUAAAAUAGACUAGAGACAUUUGACAGAUUUGUAUAUCUUGACGUGCUCUUGACUGUACUUCUCUAUGCCCGCCAUUGAUGUGAGUGAAUGUGAGUGAGACAAAUAAGACUGAGUGGGACAGACAAACAAAUACUUAUUUUAUUACUCUAUGUUUAUUGAAUGGGUUUUGGAAUUUGUAUUCUGUUCUGUAUUUGUCGUGUUUUUCUUUUCAUGUGAAAUAAUGAAUUGAACAAAUUUUCUGCAAUUUGUUGUGAUUUGGAUGUGUUGUUUAUAUAUAUGAGUAAUUUUUACCCUGCCAGUCUAAAAAAUCAGGAACUAUUGUUUAUCUAAAGAAAUCUGUCAUUCAUUGCUCAAAAACAAGUGCUUCAAUGAAAUCAUAAUGAAAAUAGUAAUCGACAUUUAUUAGAGAAGUUUCGUAUGUGCUGAUAUAUGUUAAGAAAGGAAAUAAAUCAUGCAGUCUACUUCAGAAGGUUGCAUGAACAUUGCUGAAUUGGCAAAUCAGCUCAGAAGAGAGAAAAUAUUUAUUAAUUCGGAGCGACAGCUGUUGCAAAAUCUUAACGAGGAGGUGGAGAAAAAGACUUUGGAGUUGCUGCAGGUUUCCUGGAUAUGCUUGCAACAGCGUCAGAAUUUAACGAACCUCAUUACAUCUAAAUGUGAAGCUGACUCCAUAGCCGCUUGUCAAAGAGCAAGUUCAUUGGAGAGAACUACAUUUGUGGAUGCUUACAAGGUCUUGAAAUACAAGGAAGCAGCAACAUUAGGCGAACUAUUAGGAUGGCUGCGGGACUCCCCACACUUGGUUGCACUGUGCCUACUGCUGGGAGAGGAGCAAAUGCCGCCCAGUUUACCAGCCUCUCUAGUCGCGGGUCUCUAUGGGAGCGCCCGGUCUACGUCAGAUAGGACCAGGCUUCUAGCUGUCAUACGAUCACUUAUAAAACAUCAAUUGGCUCCAUCUAGUGAUCCUCGGAAGUUAUUUCUAACGGGCAAAUGCGCGCUAGCAUCUCUGUAUGCAGUAUUCCGCGACAGUCACACGCCAGCGCGCCAGUUUCUCAUUGCGGCAUUACACGCGCCCGUGAUGGCGGUGCUGCACGAGGACGAAUUUUUUCUUGACGUUGACCCAGACAAAGCUAUGGAGAGAUUCUCGCCCGCGGACCGUUUGAAGAAGUUUGGCCAACCUAACGGCGCUGAGUACGCAGUCAAAGUGGCCCGUUACCGCAAGUGGACGGUCCAAUCGCUGUUCAAUCUGACGAGCAAGUUCUUGGCUUCGCUGCGUGAGCACUGGCCCAACUUCCCAUCCGCAAUCGCCUGGAUAGUGCAGCAGGUCGUGCAUCUACUCAAACAACAUUCCAGACCGAGUGACCGCGAGUUACAUGCGAUAUGUUCGGACCUCGUACUCCACCACUUCAUCUGCCCUGCGAUAUUGAACCCUGAAGCACACGGCGUCGUUGAAGUGCCCGUCUCAUAUAUAGCCAGAUUCAACCUCAUACAGAUAGCACAGAUCAUACAGAUGUUGUGCAGCGCGAGGUAUCAGGAGAAGCAGAUAGUGAAAGAGUUAUCUCAACAUAAGACUAAAAUAUCUAAGAAGAUAGAAAAUGAAAACAGUUUAAAUAAUGAAACUGAAGGCAAUCGUAUUGUUACACUAUUAGGAAGUCAAUCCUAUUAUGAUCAAAUCCAUGGUUUUCCAUUAGCGAAUACAGUUAACACUAUGGAAAAAGAGUCGCAGGAUGAUCAUGGUAGUACCACCAAAGCUCUAUUAGAAGAUAUUACUGUCAAAGAUCUAACCAAACAAAAUAGUUAUACAGGAAAUAUACAAGUAGAAGAUAAUAUACGAGUUGAUAUUGAAUUUGAGUCGACUGAGAAUACUGAAGGUGUGUCGAAUAAAGAAAAUUCAAGCUAUCUAUUUUUAGAAAAAGAAAACUCUGAUGACGAACAAAUAUCUACCAAUGAACAAAAUCACAAAGAAAAAUCAAUCUCUAUCAGCAGCAAUACGGAAAAAGAGUCACAGAAUGAUCAUGUCAGUACCGCAAACGCUCUAAUAGAAGAUAUUACUAAUAAAGAUCUAAACAAAGAAAAUAGCUAUCCAGAAAAUAAUAGUCAAAUGGAUGUUGACUUUGAGUUGACAUACAAUACUGAAAGACAAUGCAAUAAAGAAAACUCGAGCUACGAAAUUACACAAAAAGAAAACGAUAAUGACGAACUAACUUCUAAAAAUGAACAAAGUGACAAAGAAAAAGAACCUGAACUUAUUUCUUCCUUAACGGAAGUUAUUGCUGAGAGUGACAUGGAAUUGCUGAGGAAGUCUCUUGAAGUAGAUGAAGAUGACGUAGAAUCAGAGAAAAUGAAUAAUUCAAACGAAGUUCAAGUCAAAUCCAAAAAAAAGUACAAGAGAAGCAAACCAAAUAAAAGUUAUGUUGAUUUUCUAUCCGAAGAAGAGGAUUUUGCGUGGGAUUCCUCUUCUUGGGUGGAAAGUGGGGAUGAAUCUUCAUCGGAAGAAAACAAUAAACCUCAAAAAAGGAAAAGAAAAGUAAGAUCAGAAGAUGGUAAAGUGGGUGAAGUAGGAUUGAAAAAAAAGAGAAAGAAUAAACGCAAAGAAGCAAAAACCUUAAGAGAAAAAGGAAAAGAGUAUAUGAAAAAAGACGGAGGUAUUGUAAAUGCAAGAUUACUUAAACCCAAUCCAUGCAUUGGAAAAUCCUGUGGUAACAACUGCAGCAAUGUUUCAGAAGAAAAAAGAAUAAAUAUAUUUGAUUAUUUUUGGGGACUAUCAUCCCAAAGAAAAAAAGAUUGGCUAAUAGGCAUGACUGCUAAAAGUGACAUAAAACGUAAGAGGUCAAAGGAUUCUGCUGUGAGGCACAAUACGUAUUAUUACUAUAUUAACGAUGGUGAAGGCCGACGUAAGGUUUGCAAAAAAAUUCUAGUAGACACUUUGGAUGUUAGCCCAAAAUAUGUUAGUUAUACUUUAGCUAAUGCAUCGUAUGGAUUAUCAAAAGAGGAAGGCAGAGGCAAAACUAUCCCUAAAAAUAAAACACCUCCCUUGGUAAAGGAGUCGGCCAUUAAUUUUAUCAAAAGCUUACCAGCACUACCAUCCCACUACUGUCGUAAAGACAGUACCAGAUUAUAUCUUCCCACUGAACUUAAAAACAUAAAAAACCUUUAUAGGAUUUAUAAAGAGUCAAAAACAUCAGAAGGUAUAGACGUUGUUGGUGAAAAAAUAUUUCGUGAGAUUUUCAAAAAGGAGUUCAAUAUUGGCUUCCACGUCCCGAAGAAGGAUAAAUGUGUAAAAUGUUUACAUUUUGAAGAUCAGAAUGAAAAAGAAAAUUCUGAAAUGAUAAGUCAUUUAAAAGAAAAAAAGUCAUCAAAAGACAGAUUAGAUUUUCACCGUAAGCUAAGCAAGAAGAAUAAAACAAUGAUUUGUACUUCUUUUGAUCUCCAAAAGGUAUUGAAUACCCCACAUGGAGAGAAUAUGUUACUUUUUUAUUCUAGAAAAUAUGCAGUGUACAACCUUUGUUUUUACGAAAGUGGUACCAGAAAUGGCUUUUGUUAUACGUGGGGAGAAACCGAAGGCAAAAGAGGCGGCAAUGAAAUAGCUACAAUAUUACAAAAGUAUAUUGCUGAAGUGGAUUCACGUGGUUCAGUAACAAAUUUAAUUCUAUAUUCAGACUCAUGCCCGGGGCAGAACAAAAACAAAAUAGUUUUAGCCGCCCUACAUAACGCACUACUUCAAACGAAACAUAUUGAAACGAUACAAAUAAAUUAUCUGCUACCAGGGCAUACAGAAAUGACUGUCGAUAGCAUACACGCAACUAUCGAAAAUUCUGUUAGGAAUAAUACAAUAUGGGCACCAUCACAGUGGCCAACUGUUUUUCAGUUGGCUCGUAGAGAGCCCGCCCCAUAUUACGUAAAAACUCUUACUCACAACGAUUUCAUGAAUUAUGAAGAGUUUUCUGAAAAAUAUUUCAAAGGUAAUUUAACUGGUAAGAUAAGUAAGAUUCGGGUAGCAACAUUUAAAAAAUCGUCACCCAAUGUCAUGACUGUUAAAUACAGCAUGGAUGAAAAUGCAGAGACCGAUUCUAUAGCCAUAAUUUCGAGACCAAAGGUAGUACAGAGGAAGUAUAAAGUAUCUUUGCCAAUAACUACGGUGAAGUACAAAGAUCUUAAAAAGCUGUGUGAUACAGGGGUUAUACCCAAAAUUUUUCACCCAGAAUACACUAACUUUCCACACCGCGUUGGUAAAGAUGUUUUGAUAGAUACAGAUAUUGAGGAUGAGAUAGAAUGAAGAAUCAUUUUAUUUCUUAUUUCUUGAUAAUUAAAGAUUGCGAACUUUCUGUUGUGUUUUAGUAAAGAACUAUCUUUUAUUUGUGUUCUGACACGAUUGUUAUUUAAUUCAGCUUCUGAUUAUCAUUGGUUACUUUUAUGGUUACUUAUUAAUGUUUGAGUGCUACCCAUUAAUUUGAUUUGUUUACUGAUUGUUGUUAUUACGUUCGUUGUUUAAGACUGAUUUCGAAUAAAUUAUAAUUCAUAAAAAACUGUUUUUUGAGUUAUUUACAAACUGAUACCACUCACACAAAUAUCUUAAUGUCAUUAGACGUUGCUGAAUAAUUAUGGCCUAAGCA